AUGAGAGCCCUGAUUUUUUGCACGUUGGCCGUUGUCGUCCUGGUUCACGGCCGCCCGGCUUCAAGCGAAGAUGCGCUGAGGACGAUAAUGGACAACGCCGCCAAGUUCGACAUCACCGACACGAUCCCGCAAAAACUGCUUAGGAAUAAACUCAAUUCAGAGGAGUUCUCCCCCGACCUGCAGGAAUUUGCAAAAAGCCUUGACCUUGUUGAUGUCGCGGGUUUCAUGAUGCUCUACGGGAAGCGGGCAACUUUCGACACCUUGGACGAGGUUCCCGGUAUCAUGAAGCAGAUCAGCCCGAACACGUACAAGAAGGUGAAGAAACUGAUGGCGGCAUGUCAGCUGCGCUUCGAGGAAUUGACUCCGGCCGCACAGAGGCUCUUCACGGAGCAUGGCCGCGACGGGUUGGACGGGAUCAACGCCUACAACCGAUUGACCGAGAAGGCGCGCGAAGAGAAGCUGGGCAAUUUCAUUGACGCGUUCCACGAGCUUAGCGAUGAAGAUCAGGAAUCGAUCCGCGAACAAUUCCCCGGCGUCUACAAGUUCAACACAGACCUUCGCUUCAUCAAGAAGUUCGCUGCCGAGAUGGACAGACAGAUGGCGAAGCAAAUCAGGGAGCUGCGCGGCGAACUGGCCAUCCUCGAAGCAAGC